UGAACACUUUUCAACACUGAUGACUCUCAACCUCCUCAUUUGUAGCCCUAAUUUUCAAUUGCCCUAAAGUUCACUUUCUCUCUCCUCUCUCUGUUUCUCUCUCUAUUUGUAGCUUCAAUUCCCACUCAAAACCCUCACUUCCAUCUUCCACAUUUGAAGCUAAUCUGAUCGGAAAAUUUCACCGGAGACCGGAAAACAUGGAGUGGGCCACCGGAAGUUUCAGACCCUUUGUUUCUCGAGCGCCGGAAUCUUCAUUUGGGUUUCUCUAUAACUAUAAUCUUGAACAGUAUCAGGGCAUAGAUGUGAAGCAUUCGGCGAUGGCGGGGGCGUCGGAGACGGUAUUGCAAGGGCUGGUUCCAGGGAUGGACAUGAACAGCUAUGGAAAUUUGGAGAAGAAGAAGCGGCUGAGCAGCGAGCAGCUCGACUCACUCGAACAAAGCUUCCAGGAGGAGAUCAAGCUCGAUCCCGACCGGAAGCAGAAGCUGGCCAAGGAGCUUGGUCUGCAGCCGCGCCAGAUCGCCGUUUGGUUCCAGAACCGCCGUGCGCGGUGGAAGGCGAAGCAACUCGAGCACCUCUACGACACUCUCAAACAAGAGUUCGAUGCCAUUUCUAGAGAGAAACAUAAGCUUCAAGAGGAGGUAAUGAAACUGAAAAGCAUGCUGAGAGAGCUUCAAACUGCGAGGAACCAAGUGUCGACGGUGUACACUGAAUUGUCGGGGGAGGAGACGGUGGAGAGCACCUCGGUCGGAGCUGGCUGCUCGAGCAAGCCGAGUGCGGCGGCGGUGGCGGCAGCAGCAGCAAAUCAAUACCCGACGCCACCGGAGCAGUGCAACUAUGUGUUCAACACUGAGGAGUACAACCCCAUGUCUCCAACAUUCUGGGGGACACUCCCAUCGUCUUAUCAUCCUCAGUAAACUUGUUUGCUUUGGCUUUUUUGUUUUGUUUUUUUUUUUUUUUUUUUUUU